AUGGCCGCUCGGUGUCCUUCUGGUUGGCGUACGUACGGAAACCGCUGCUACAAGUUGGUGGAGACGAAAGCCAAUUGGUAUACUGCAAAGAGCCGAUGUGAACAGUACGGCGCACAUCUUUUAUCUAUCACAAACGGUGACGAGAGCAAGUUCAUCGAAGGUCUCAUCUCUAACGUUCGUAAAACAAUAGUCUGGAUGGGACUUAGGAAAGGCAGCAGGUGGUACUGGGUAGAUGGAUCUGGAGUAACCUUUUUGAACUGGUUUCGCGGUGAACCCAACAACGAAAGUUAUAUGGAGGCCUUUGCAAAAGAUGUGAAUUGUGCUGGCAUCUACACCAAGAUGGCCAAGAAAUGGAGAGGGUGGAGAAGGCUUGUGCUGGACGCUACCAUAGUCCUCGAGUUAGACGAGGAUGGGACCAGGUCAGGGUGA